AUGAUGAUGGCCGACCAACGCUAUCUCAAAGAGUUCCCUGAGCGCUGGUUCUCUGCAUUCUCGGUGGCCUCCCAGGUCAAAGAUUCGUCUCCGCCCCGAAACAGCUACAAGAUCGACGCCGUGAGGGCAAUCGUAGUGGUGGCUGGGAUGCUGAUCAUGAUUGCUUUGGUGGCUGCCGAAGUGGCCCAGCUCAGCUACGGGUGCGGCAUUCUCCUGCUCUUGCUUCUCGCAAUCAGGGCCAUUACUCUACCAGAGCUGUACUCAUCCAUCAAGGUGUCCGUGAUUUUCACGAUCGUCGGCGCGACUGGCAUAUCGAACGCGAUGAAGGUCACUGGCGUCGCUAACUUCAUUGCCGACGUUAUGAUGAGUGUAUUCCAGCCGCUGGGCUUCUUCGGCCUCUGCGCCGCCGUCUACAUUGUUUCGGUCUUCCUCAGCAUGUGGAUUAGCAACUCGGCCACUGUUUCAAUCGUUGGGAGCUUGAUCGUUUCCAUGAUCUCCAACCUGCAGGCGGAGGGGGCAGACAACAUUCCUGCGCUCGCUGCCGCUUUCACUUGGAUCCUCAUCUGUGGAGCAGGGUCCUGCUUUACCACUCCCCUGGGCUACCAGACGAAUUUAAUGGUGAUGCCCGACGGCAAGUACACGUUCUCUGACUUCGUUGUUUUCGGAGGGCCGAUCACGCUCAUCCAUUGUGCAGCGUGUAUAUUCGUGGUUCCCAUCCUUGCCAUGUGGCUGAUCCCGAGCCUCGCCGCGCUGCUGGGGUGCGGAGUGGUGCCCGGCGUGGGGCGGCAGGUCGAGUCCGCCAGGGUUGCCCUGCGGGAGAAGGCCAUGGAACGGCAGCCGGGCGGGGCGCCCUCGCAGGAGGAGGCCGGCGCGACGAACAAACUCUCCAACUCGACGGCGGUGGAGGACGGACGAGGGCUUCGUGAAUUUUCACGACUUCCUGGCCAUCAUAUCCGAGCUGCGGAAGGCCGAGGCCGCCGCCUCCAAGCCGGCGCUGCUGCAGGCGACGAAGGAGACACCGGCCUGGCGCGCGACCGCCUUGUCCCCGUGGAGGCCUGGGCGCGCGUUCUGGUGAGAGGCGGCUUCUGCGACGAGUGCUGCACCACGGUGGCCGAGGUGGAGGCCGCCGUGGAGGACUGGGUGCAACCGUGA